UGUUUGGAAUUUUGAUCUUACACAUGGAGAAUAAUGCAAUUCUGUUAUUUGCCUUCCUUUGUGAAACAAAAUCUUUGUCCGAACUGAGACGAUAGGAUACAGAAAAGGGCUGUGUAGAGGACAGAGCUGUUAAGGCAGAGGGAAAUGUUUUGUUCUCGUAAGAAAUGUACCCAGAAGUCGUGGGCUUAACGGAAAUAUGCUUGAAUUAAAGCUUGUUCCUGAGAUGCUGACAAGUCACAACACAAAAGAAAACAUGCAUUGUAUGAAGGACAGUUGGCUGGACUGUACUUCAGUUGGCCUUCAGUGCAGUGCUGAGAAUAAAAACGAAGAAAAAAGCAUAAUGUGGCUUAUCUUUCACCUAGAAAGGUGAACAUAACUUUUAAAAAGAGAUGGCUGACAAGAGUGGAAAAAUACUUCCAGGUCCAUUAUACAUUGAAGUUGAAUACGACUAUGAGUAUGAAGCAAAAGACAAAAGGAUUGUGAUAAAACAAGGGGAGCGAUACAUCUUGGUGAAAAAGACUAACGAUGACUGGUGGCAAGUCAAAAGUGAUGAAAAUUCCAAGCCCUUCUAUGUGCCAGCGCAGUAUGUGAAGGAAGUAACUCGCAAAGCAUUGAUGCCACCUAUUAAGCCCUCAGGUGCGCUGCCAAACAGUUCGCUAAAACUUAUGCAUGGGUUACAGAGGUCAACGGAAAAUGUGAACAAGUCUCCAGAGCUUUCCAGCUUUGGAAAAUCAUCUCCAGUUCAAGUGUCUGAACUAGUACGGGAUGCUAAUCAAAAUCUGGGACCAAAUGGCAGUCCAGGUCAGAAUACCGGCCUGAAUCCGGACCUUGCCCAAAACAAUGGGAAAUUUAAUGAAUUCCAGUUUCCUAAAGUUUCUAACCAGAGCAGGACCUUCUCCAUGUCCCACUUUCCUUGUUCUGAAUAUAUGGAAACAGAAAAUACUAGCUUCUUGCAAGAGCAGUCUUGUGACUCUGCAGGAGAAGGUUCGGAAAAAAUCCACCAGGAUUCAGAAUCUGGAGAUGAACUUAGCAGCAGUUCUACAGAACAAGCACAGCCAACAACACCACCAAGCCAAGGAAGACCAGAUUCACCAGUUUAUGCUAAUUUGCAAGAACUGAAAAUAUCUCAGUCUGCACUCCCACCUUUACCUACAAGUCCUCCAAUCCAGAUUAAUGGGGAAUGGGAGACGCAUAAAGAUGCAACAGGACGCUGUUACUAUUACAACAAAGGAACACAAGAAAGAACCUGGAAACCUCCACGUUGGACCAGGGAUCCGAGCAUAAGUAAAGGAGACUCACCAAACCAAAUAGAUCAAGAGACUCUUUCAUCACAAGAAAACUCCCACAGUUCUUGUAACAGCCAGUCAGAUAGUCAGUAUGGUUCAUCUCCCCAAGGGUGGUCAGAAGAGAUGGAUGAACAUGGCCAAACGCUAUAUACCAGUGACUAUACUAAUGAAAAGUGGAUAAGACAUAUAGAUGAACAAGGUCGGUCAUACUACUACAACGCUGAUGGGUCUCGAUCAGAAUGGACACUCCCAAAAUACAAUGCUUCACCGCAACAGCCAAGGGAGAUAAUUAAAAGCAGGAGUCUGGACAGGAGGCUACAGGAACCAAUCGUUUUAACGAAAUGGAGGCACAGCUCAAUUGUGUUGGAUACAAAUGACAAGUUGCCUGCUAACUCUUCUGAACUUCUCUUGCCUAAUCCUGCAUAUUUGUUUCCAACCCACCAGGUGCAAGAUUCUCCAGUUGCUUCAAAAACCACAUUCCCUGAAAGUGACUCCUCUCCUUCUUCACCAAAGCACCAAAGCACAGACCAAGAGAAGUAUGGAUUAUUAAAUGUAACGAAAAUUACAGAAAAUGGGAAGAAAGUUCGAAAGAAUUGGAUGUCCUCGUGGGCAGUCUUGCAAGGUGCCUCUUUGCUGUUUACCAAGACUCAAGGAGGUGGGACUAGUUGGAAGUUCGGAGGCAACCAGUCUAAACCAGAGUUCACGGUGGAUUUGAGAGGUGCAGUUGUUGACUGGGCUUCAAAGGACAAAUCUAGCAAGAAGAAUGUAAUUGAACUGAAAACACGGCAAGGAACUGAAUUGUUGAUUCAGUCAGAUAAUGACAUUUCUGUAACGGAAUGGUUUAAAGUUCUUAAAAAUGCUAUCAGUAAUCAGACAAUGGAGUCUGAUGAAGUAUUAGAUGAUGAAAUGCCAGAUUCCCCUGGAGCAGAAAAACAAGACAAAGAGAAGGACCAUAAAGACUCCAGAAAACUUCGCUCUAUAAAAAUAUCUGGCAGCAUUGAUUCUUCGGAACAGAAGAAAACCAAAACAAAACUAAAGAAAUUUUUGACCCGACGACCUACAUUACAAGCAGUCCGUGAGAAAGGGUACAUCAAAGAUCAAGUAUUUGGCUGCAACCUCAGCAGCUUAUGUCAAAGAGAAAACAGCACUGUGCCAAAAUUUGUGAAGCUCUGUAUUGAGCAUGUUGAAGAACAUGGUUUGAAUGUUGAUGGUUUGUACAGAGUGAGUGGCAAUCUUGCAGUUAUACAGAAGCUACGAUUUGCAGUUAAUCAUGAUGAAAAACUGGACCUGAAUGACAGUAAAUGGGAGGACAUCCAUGUCAUUACAGGAGCUCUGAAAAUGUUUUUCAGAGAAUUGCCAGAACCACUGUUCACUUUCAGUCAUUUCAAUGACUUUGUCAAUGCAAUCAAACAAGAGCCAAGACAGCGUGUUCAGGCUGUAAGAGAGCUGAUUAAACAGUUGCCAAAGCCAAAUCAAGAUACCAUGCAAGUACUCUUCAAACACCUCAAGAGAAUCGUAGAAAAUGGUGAGAAGAACCGAAUGACUUACCAGAGUAUAGCCAUAGUCUUUGGCCCAACCCUUUUAAAACCCGAGAAAGAGACUGGUAACAUAGCUGUCCACACGGUGUAUCAAAACCAGAUUGUAGAAUUAAUUCUACUGGAAUUGAACUCCAUCUUUGGACGCUGACAUUUCUCCAACGAAGCUGGCCUUAGGAGGAGUACCAUUUUUCUUUGGCAAAUACUUCAUCUCUUUUGUACAUGAUGUAUUUGUGGACCAAGCAGCAACUUGAUAUUUUUUGCACUUUUGUGGGAGAUGGAAGAGUGUGAUUUGUGUCAGCUGGGAUUUCCUGGAAGCUAUUCAGACUUCGAAUUUCCUUACAAUUAAUAUUGUGGAAUAUUUCAAAGUUUAUAUAUAUUUUUAGUAACACUUAAACUGCACAUCUAAUAUAGAUUUUCACACUGGAUUCUGUGGUGAGAGAAGCUGAAUCUCAAUUUCAGUCUGAAUAAUCCGGAAUAACUUUUUACUUAAUACUCAUUUUUAAUAUUAGCUCACUUGUUUGGGGGAUGAUAAACCUCAUCAACUGACUUGGAAAAUCGCCAUGGACAUUUUUAAUGAAUAAUUAUAAAAUAGGCUUACAUGCAAAACCUGUAAGGUAAUUCCUCUUCUCUUUAGGGUUUCUGUGUUCAUUUAAUAGAUCUAAACAAAUGUUGCAAAGUGGCCAGUGGAGGUUCCUCACAAGAGGUUUGUUUUUUUUGCUGUUGGCAUUUUUUUUAACUUCUGUUGCACAGACUCUUGCUGGUUCUUCUUGAUGCACAGUAGUACUAACUCAAAUGUUGAACUGGUACGUGCAUCCAACAGAGGAUGUAACACGGUCUGUGAUGAACCAGAAUUUCCAGCUAAUAAGUUCCUUUUUCAGGGUCUGUUUUGUGCUAUGUUUUGCCCAAAACUGAAUCAUGCCAAACAACCCUAACGAAAUGUUAUCAUGCCAAACAACCCUAACGAAAGACUGCUUUAAACACUGAGCUGAAUUGUUGGUGUUAACCUGUGGUACUGAAAUUGGACAGAAAUAUAGACUGAAGCCUUCACUGUGUUUGGUUUCUUAAAUAUUUCUAUUCACAAGGCAGUUAUCUCAGAGUAGUUUGUAUCCCUACAUUUCUAACCACAUCCAACUGAUAUUGUGAUACCACCAGCAGAUUCUGGGUUUCUACAUAACAAUGGACUACUUGGAAAACUGCACUUUUAAAUGGUAAUUAGACCUGCAUGCAAGUCAUUGUGAUGCCUAUGGUACUGGAAGAAUACUGAGUGUGUUUGCUUACAUGGUGAAGGCACUACAAGCAGAACCUCUGAUAUUAUUUAAUAUGUACAGGAGCUACAUUAGAUAAACAUGUUAAAAUUCUAACAUCUACAUAUAGCAAGACCUCUGUUUGAAUAGAUGGAUGCCUGGAUAUAAUGAAAAUGCUAAGUUUCAGGAUUCCUUUUACAUUAAUAAUGUAGAUUAAUUUGUAAAAUAGGUUUCAGAAGAUUUUGUUACAAGAGACAUGGUCUGCGAAAGAUUUUUUUUAAGAUGUAUUUUUUCUAGACUAACUGCUGUAUCUGACAUUUGCUAUGUGGAAUCUGAAUAAAGAAAACUGUUAGCUGUUUUCGAAUUCGGUGCUGCAAAUUUGGUUGGUAAUACAGUAUACUGAAUAUGGUGAAAUGCAUGGGUGCAAGCUAACCAAUCAUCUCUAUGUUGGUGCCUGUGUACUCCUAUAAUUCUUUCCAAGAAGUUGGAUCAUUGUCUCAGUCAUUUUAUUUGAUUAAAUGAUGCCAAAACUGUGGCUGUACUAUGGGAGAAGCCCCUGACCGUGUUCUUUACCUUUUAAUGACAAAAACUGAGAUCAGAUUAUUGGAAGCAUUAUUAAGUAAUUCCAGCACUUUUAAAUGAAACCAACCAGAAAACUAUCAGCCUGUCCUUUUGAGCAUGGCUCUGUGUAAUUCACUUACUAUCCUAAGUUUCAGUCUUAAAGACUGCAAGUUCCAUUGAUUCAAAUGGGCAUAUUCUAACUGCAACUUGAUUAGCCGUUUACUUUAGCAUUUGAAUCAAUGGAAUUUACAGAGCGGUUGACUCACUAAGUCCCUAUAGAUUCAAUGGGCCUACUUUAGCACGAUUUACUGUGCUAAGCAACAGGAUUUUGGCCUUAAUGUAUGGUAUAAAUAAAUGUGUGUUGUGCCAGGAGUGGGCUGUAUUCUCUAGAACAAGCAAAUCCUUACAGACUUUAUCAAUCUGUACAGUGCCUCUACUUUCUAUUUGUGUAGCAUAUAAACAAUGGUAAAGAUAUAAUUUAAGCUGGAGUGGGAGGAAGUGAUGCAAGUCCCAGACUGGCCAUAGUAAGGGUUGUCGUGAAGAAAGGCUUAUAAAUAAUUGGAGUUGAGCAUAACAUUGCAAUUAACAUAUCAAAGUUGUCAGUUCUUACACAUCAGCAUCUAUUCUGCUGAAGUGUGGAUGUGCCCCAGAAGAAAUGGGUUCAGCUGUCUCAGGGACCGCUUUGUUAGAAAGAGUUGCAUUGCUUUCCUUGGAGUGCUAGAAAAGAGGGUACUAAUUAGUGACAUUCAGAAUAUCUUGAGCUUUGCAAAUUAAGUAACUUUCUGUAGUCACUGUGGAUUACUGUGAAGGACUAACAACAAGACUGAAGACCAUGCUCUUUUGGUAUGUUAAAAUAUACUUUUAAUUCUUGACUUGGCUAUAUUCCUCCAACCAGUCCCUCAAUGCCUAUUGCAUAAUACAAACUCUUGAUGUGUUUUUGCACUUCACCGCUUAGUAGCACUGGGGAGCCCUGUGCAAAUCUUGAUAGCACCUUUACUUGUAUUGCGGCUGUGCAGAAUCUUAAGCCAGACUGUGAUAACUGGGAGAAGUUAGAAUCAAAGUAUGUAUUCAAAGUUGACCCUGGUUUACCAGAACUAACUCCCAGUUAUGGAUAAAGUUAAACACAGGUAGUUUAGUCGGUGAGUAAUCAAAACCAUGCAGAGGCGGAAAAAGCAGCAAUCUGUUGGAAUUGCUACUUUAUACACCCUAAACUUUGGCUAGGACCAGCUGGACACAGUGGUCUGAAGAAGAAGCUGGUUGCUGAAUGUCUAAUGAGGCAUUCUAAAGCCAUGCAAGAGAACGGAGCUGCUGUAGGGAAUCUUAAUGAGUUUUCACAAUUGCCGGGCGUCUAUGUGGAUGAGCAGCUGC